CAUUCCAGAAAUUUUGAUGUUUAAAUCAAGAUUGGUCUCGCCUCUGUAAGAGGUAAUGCAUCCAUGUGGGCUUUGCUUUAGUAUGCUUAGUUCACGGCCAGGAUAUGUUGAAAUUUGGAAGGCUGAGAAAACUUAGACCUCUGUUGGGAGCCAGAAAGUCAAACUUCUCUCAGAAAGCUAAUGUCGAGACGAAAAUUGUCGAGCUGCCAGUGGGCAAGGUUAAGGGCAAGCAUCAGAUUGGCAUCACCGGACAUGGUUUCUAUAGCUUUGAGGGCAUACCAUAUGCCAAGCCGCCUAUUGGUAAGCUCCGGUUUUGCCUACCUCAGCCGGCCGAGCCUUGGACUGGCAAGGUUUUUGAUUGCCUGAAGGAGCAUGCUGUACCAGUUCAGGAGGAAGAUAGGGAUCCGGCUACGGUGGCCACGAUAGGCUCUGAGGAUUGCCUAUACUUGAACGUCUUCACUAAGAAUUUUGAUUCGUGUAAGCCGCUUCCCGUGCUGGUUUAUAUACACGGGGGCGGCUUCAAGACAGGCGGUGCUACCAGAACCAAAUAUGGGCCGGACUAUUUGAUGCGCGAGGACAUCGUUUAUGUGCAGUUCAGCUAUCGGCUGUGUGUGCUGGGCUUCCUCAGCAUGUCCAACGCGAAGCUGGGCGUACCUGGUAAUGCGGGCUUGCACGACACGAUCUUGGCACUGCGCUGGGUCAAGCAGUACAUCUCGCACUUCAACGGGGACCCCGAAAAUAUCACCAUAAUGGGCACGAGUGCGGGAGCUGCCUCGGUGCACUUUAUGAUGUGUCUGCCGGAGGCUUGUGGUCUGUUCCACCGGGCCAUUAUGAUGUCUGGCAGUAUGACCUGUCCCUGGGUGCAUGUGCCGAAUACGAAUACAUUGUCCUGUCGCCUGGCGCUUGAAAAGGGCUACAGAGGUGAAAUGUCAGAGGAGUCCGUCUUGGAGUUCCUUCGCUCGCUGCCCGCUGAGGAUCUGGUGCAUAAUAAGCUAUUUGGUUCAAAGGAACUUAUAUUCGGGCACCUGUAUCCGUUCGUGCCUACAUUGGAGCAUCACGACGGUAGCGAAGGGUUGCUCAAGCGGCCUUUUCUGCAAAUGAUGCGGGACGCAUGGGCCAAGAACGUACCCUUGCUGCUGGGGGGCACCUCCUUCGAAGGUCUGAUCAUGUAUCCGUACAGCAAGCUCAACAAUGGUCAUAUUCUAAAUCUACUUAAGGAAGAGCCCACCCUCGUGCUUCCUUACGAUCUGUACCGGACGCUUUCGGUACGCGAACUGACUGAGCGAGCUGCGCAGCUGGUACGCUUUCAUUUUGGGCCUAGACAAAUCAAUACCAACAAUAUUGUGCAACUUUUGGAUCUAUUCAGCUAUAAGCUCUUCUGGCAUGGAAUACAUCGGGUCGUACUCUCGCGGCUGGCUUUUGCCGAGGCUCCCACCUAUCUUUAUAGAUUCGAUUUCGACUCGAGCCAACAUAACUUGAUGAGAAUCAAUUUGUGCGGAGUCGACAUUAGGCGCGGUGUCUGCCAUGCCGACGAGCUGGGCUACAUCUUUCCUAGGGAGCUUAAGUUCAGUAAUCAACUGAAUGCGCCGGAAUGCCUCACUAUUAAUCGAAUGGUGGGCAUUUUAACGGCAUUUGCGAAAACCGGAAAUCCCAACUGUGCCGAAACUAAGCCAGAAGAGUGGAAGCCCGUGACUAAAAAGACCUCCUGCCAUGCCAUGAACAUCAGUUACGACUUAACCUUUGACCGGCUGUUCGAGGAGGAAGGCCUUCAAGUGUGGAAUAAGCUGUACGACAAUGACAAGCGCUUGCUUUAUGGUGGUUGACAACUCUUCUAAAGAAUUAGUUUCAAAUUAUGGUAUCUAAAUUCAAAUCAUAUAUAUU